AGCUCUUCCCGUCAUUUCCUCGCCGCUGGAUGGUGCCUUCGGAUACCGCAGAGCGUUUCUCUAGUUAAACACACCUUUUCUUGGAAUUCUUUUUUUUCCCUGUAUUAGCCAAGAAAAACUUUGCAACUUUCCUUCGCUGUCGGAGAGGAGCCACUGCCGCUGCUGCGUUUCAUUUUGUUUUUUUAAUUCGAGGUCACGUGUGCGUUGACAGUGUCUUUGAUUCCAAGCGAUGGUCUCGUCUCCAGCUUAGGAAGAGCUUCUGAGCUCUUCCCUCUGUUGUUUUCUCUCUGUUCAGGAACAAAGAGAUUUUUCUGCCUUUAAUUAAAAGGAAUAUUAAUUCUCUGCUCCUUUGUCGAGCGACUUGAAGACACUCUGCAAACAUCCGUCUGCUCGGCGCCGCUGUGGGGUGAGCUCUGCUGUGGUACAGGGCAUGGAGAAAUGGGGGAACCAUCCCGAAAUCCCACGGCAAACACGGAGCAGCAGCCGGGGAGGAUGCUGACAGCCACGGUGCUCGGAUAACGCGGAGAUCCCGGCCGCCACCAUGCCCGACUCGCCGGCCGAUGUGAAGACGCAGGCUCGCUCCACGCCACCCAGCAUGCCACCACCGCCACCAGCUGUCACCCAGGGAGCCACACGCCACCCCUCCUUCACACCCAGCACCAAUCGAGACGCUGGCCCUCCGACGUUUCUGCCUCGCGGCCGUUUUCAUGGUUGCUUGAAAUGGUCGAUGGUCUGUCUUUUGAUGAACGGGAGCAGCCACUCACCGACCGCCAUCAAUGGGGCUCCGUCCACCCCCAACGGGUUCAGCAACGGCCCAGCCACCUCCUCCAGCGCCUCCCUGUCCACCCACCAGCUCCCUCCAGCCUGUGGUGCCCGCCAGCUCUCCAAGCUCAAGCGCUUCCUCACCACCCUGCAGCAGUUUGGGAACGACAUCUCCCCCGAGAUCGGGGAGCGGGUGCGCACCCUCGUCCUGGGGCUCGUGAACUCCACCCUCACCAUCGAGGAGUUUCACGCCAAGCUCCAAGAAGCCACCAACUUCCCACUGCGACCCUUCGUCAUCCCCUUCCUCAAGGCCAACCUGCCGCUGCUGCAGCGGGAGCUGCUGCACUGUGCCCGCAUGGCCAAGCAGACCCCGGCGCAGUACCUGGCCCAGCACGAGCAGCUGCUGCUGGACGCCAACGCCUCCUCUCCCAUCGACUCCUCCGAGCUGCUCCUGGAGGUGGGCGAGAGCGGCAAGAGGAGGACGCCAGACAGGACCAAAGAGAACGGUUUGGACCGAGACCCCCUGCACCCCGAGCACCUCAGCAAGCGGCCGUGCACCAUGAGCCCAGCGCAGCGCUACAGCCCCAGCAACGGGCUGAGCCACCCCCCGAACGGGCUGGGGCACCCCCCCGCCGGCCCCUCCCUGCCCCAGCACUACCGCCUGGAGGACAUGGCCAUGGCACACCACUACCGGGACACCUACCGGCACCCCGACCCCCGGGAGCUCCGCGAGCGCCAGCGCCCUGCCGCCGUGCACGGGACGCGGCAGGAGGAGGUGAUCGACCACCGGCUCACGGACCGGGAGUGGGCGGAGGAGUGGAAACACCUCAAUAAUCUGCUGAACUGCAUCAUGGACAUGGUGGAGAAGACGCGGCGGUCGCUGACGGUGCUGCGGCGGUGCCAGGAGGCCGAUCGCGAGGAGCUCAACCACUGGAUCCGGCGCUACAGCGACGCCGAGGACAUGAAGAAAGGCAGCCCCCCCUCCGCACGGCCCCACAACUCCUCCUCCUCCUCCUCCUCUGCCACCGAGGCUCCCCAGUUAGACGCUCACCGGGACUUCGCACCCCGCCCGCUCUCCGGGUACAUGCCCGAGGAGAUCUGGAGGAAAGCUGAAGAAGCCGUGAACGAGGUGAAGCGCCAGGCCAUGUCCGAGCUGCAGAAGGCCGUGUCGGAUGCCGAGAGGAAAGCCCACGAGCUGAUCACGACAGAGCGCGCCAAGAUGGAGCGAGCCCUGGCCGAGGCCAAGCGCCAGGCGUCCGAGGAUGCCCUCACCGUCAUCAACCAGCAGGAGGACUCGAGCGAGAGCUGCUGGAACUGCGGGCGGAAGGCGAGCGAGACGUGCAGCGGCUGCAACACGGCGCGCUACUGCGGCUCCUUCUGCCAGCACAAGGAUUGGGAGAAGCACCACCACGUCUGCGGGCAGACUCUGCAGGGGCUGCCCGGCACCGCUGCCCCCGGGCCGGGCCAGCCCGACGCGGUGCCCGCCAUGGCCAGCAGCCCCAGCGAGGCGGGCUCGGUGGCCGCGUCCCGUGCAGCCACUCCGGCCACGCCGGCGCCGCUGGACAGCGCGUCCCGCUGAGCCACCCACGGACUGCAGCCGGUGCCAUUUCCUCAGCUACCUGACUCGUGUGACCUCCGAAACGACCUCUCUAGCUCUCAACUAAUCCUCACGGAUCCUCAAACUGGGCUUUAAGUGGAGUUAAGGCAAAUACCGGUCUCUGUUCUUUCUUCAGUCUUUGUUUUGGCUUUUUUUCCGUUGGUUUUCUAUCGGUUGGGGGAUUGUGGUUUGGGAUUUUUUGGGUUUUUUGGCUGGAUUUUUUUGGUUUUUUUUUUUCCUUUUUUGCUCUUUGGAUGAGGGAUUUGGCUCCAGCCUCACCAUGCAGUGCUGUGGGGAGAGACCAGCCUGAUCCCAUCCCCCAUCGGCGCUGCUGAGGGGCUCACUUGGAGGAGGAAAGAACCUUCUUUUCUUCAUUUCUCUCUUCCUAUAUUUUUUUUUCUUUUUACCUUUUUUUUUUUUUAAUAAAAAAAAUAAAGAAAAUAAAAAAGAAAACGUCGGACUCUUUGGCUUUAAGUAAGAAAUUGUAAAAAAGGGAAAAAAAAGAAAAAAAAAAAAAAAAAAAAAAACCAAAAACCUGACGACGCGUGACGGACGCUCACCUGUAACUACCUUGCUAGCUAGCCAAGAACAGACCAGACUCACCUCUGCUCCAAAGGAAAUCCAAAACCAAGGAAGAUCCAAACGUCUCUCCACUGCCAAAGUUCGUUUCGUUCUGUUGUCGCUUCCUUCCCCUCCCCACAAGGAUGGAUGGACACGCCCCUGGGGCUUUAAAGAAUUUCUAUUAAAAUAAAGCA